AAGGGUUUCAGUAGUUUGACAGGAGUUUGUCCAGAGUGUGUUUGUGUGUGUGUGCGUUGAUUCAAAUUGAACUAGAAGGAGCAGAACGCCCAAAGCUUUAAAAUGCGUAUCCUUUCACUGGUGGCUUUCGGGCUCGUCUGCGCCCUAGCAUCGGUUGGUGGUUACGAGACGGAGGUUGAAGAUGAGGUGCAACGCAACACCGCUAUGUCGGCGAACAUGAACAACUACAUCGACGUGGUGAUGAUUCAAGUUGGACCGUGGAUGAACACGCAUCUGGUUCCCAUGGCGCUGCCCGAUGUGGUCGAAGGAUUUGAGCAUCGCCCAAUCCUGAUCACCUACCAUGGCGAGCUGGCACUUACCAACGGCGUGUUCCACACCAUCCACAGUGUGGGCCGCAAUGGAAAUGCGAUGAUGCACUACGACCGUCAGUUGCUACGCGUCGCCGUCGGAGCCAACAUUCGACAGCUCGGUUUCACCUACGACUACUCCGCACACAUCAUGGACCUGGGACCGACCGGUUUCGUCGACGUCGAUGUAGCGACGAUGACUUUCACCAGCGAGUUCAUCAUCGACUUGACGGAUUUCUACAUCUGGAUGCAGGACUUCCGCCUAACCAACAUGGGCAACCUAAACAUUCGCUUCCGCGGUAACAUUCUCGUCGACUGGAUGGCCAACAUUUUCGUCAACAUCAUCACGACCGUUUUCCGCAACACGAUCACGAACGUGGUGUCGAACGGUAUUCACGACUUUAUUCAGGCAACGCUGGACGAGAUGAAUGGACGGCUGCGUGGUCGCGCAAUGACCGAGCAGGAAGCGGCUGUGCUGAUUGAAAAUCUGAAGAAAAUGCUUACCAACUAGAAUCGUACCGGGGAGGGGAAAGGGAAUGUGUCGCUUCUAUGCACGUCAGUUGCUUCGUGGUACAUUUCGGGUUGGUUAAAUGAAUGGUUGAGAUGACUGUUUGUGUUUUUAUUUUCUUGUUAAUAAAAUUGUUGCAGUAGUACUUAUGCUUCCCCCGUA